UGCUGCCUCUGCAUUCUGAUGCCGUGCUGUUCAGACUAGUUCAGCCGUUACUCUCAGCCUCGGCCUCCGGAUCUUUCUGUGGACCCCGACAGAACACCAACAUGAACACAUCGACCAAACUCACACUCCUGACACUGUUGGUACUCGCGUGUCUCCGUGUUACAUCUGGAGCCAAAAGGAAUUUCAAGUGUCCUUCAGGAUGCGCCUGUACCAAGGAGACCAUCAUCUGCGUCGGUAACACACCAAUCCCACGGACGGUACCGAGCGAGUUCACCUCACUGAGUAUGGUGAAUGGAUCCAUUCCUGAAAUUACAGAGGGGAUGUUCUCACUCAUGCCGUCUCUGCAGCUCUUGUGAGUUUACCCUGUCCGCCGCAUCCCCCAGUGAUAACAGUGAUGGAAAUUCAUGUUGUUUUUAUUGUAUAUUGAAUAAAAAAGUCUUUGAAUUUCCUUUAGAUGUCUUUUAAUCGUCAUUAUUGUUUGUUUGUUUGUUUUAUUAUUUAUAUUGUUGUUGUUUUCUUGCAGACUUUACCAAGCAAAUUCUUUAUCUACAAUAAAAGAUGACGCUUUCUCUGGUCUCCCACAUCUGGAGUACUUAUUCAUUGAAGAAAACAAGAUCGAGACCAUCACCAAGAACGCUCUGCGCGGUCUGCGAGACUUGACUCAUCUCUCUCUUGCCAAUAACAAGAUGAGAUUCCUGCCAAGAGAUCUUUUUUUUGACUUGGAUUCAUUACUGGAGCUGGACCUACGAGGGAACCUAUUCCAAUGCACUUGUGAGAACAAGUGGUUGAUGGUGUGGCUGAAAAACACAAACGCCACAGUAUCGGAUGUGUUCUGUGCCGGUCCCAGUGACAUGAAGGACAAGCGUCUCAGUGACCUUCCCAUUCCACCGGGCGAAUGCAUGUCCACAGACUUUGUGCGUCAUCAGUCCAUACCCAUUCAGUCCAUGUCAGCAGAUAUCUUCUCUUUUAAAGAGGACAUCUACGUCGCCAUGGCUGCUCCGAACACCAACAGCUGUGUGAUCAUGGAGUGGGAUCACAUCGAGAUGAAUUUCAGAAAAUUUGACAAUAUCACAGGAAAAUCAGUUGUUGGAUGUAAGUCCGUCCUGAUUGACAACCAUGUCCUGAUAAUUGUCACUCAGCUCUUCGGCGGCUCCCACAUCUACAGGUUUGAUGAGCAACAGAACCGGUUCACCAAGUUUCAAACCAUCGAAGUCUUCAACAUCUCAAAGCCAAACGACAUCGAGGUCUUCCAGAUCGACGGUGAUUGGUAUUUUGUGAUUGUGGACAGCUCCAAAGCUGGACUGUCUACUUUGUACAAAUGGAGCGACAACCCAGACCGCAACGAAACCGGUUUCAACUCCUACCAGUUCCUCCAUGAGUGGUUUCGAGAUACCGAUGCUGAGUACGUGGAGGUGGAUGGGAAGUCCUACCUCAUCUUAACCAGUCGGUCUCAGCCACCUGUCAUCUACCUGUGGAACAAAAACUCCCAAAAAUUCACACUCCAUGGUGAAAUUCCAAAUGUAGACGACAUGGUGGCAGUGAAAGCGUUCAGGGUGGACGGUGAGCUGUUUCUGGCUAUGACCUGCUACAUUGGUGAUUCCAAAGUCCUUAAAUGGACCAACAAGCAGUUCACUGAGGUCCAGACUCUGCCUUCUCGAGGAUCCAUGAUCCUUCAGCCUUUCGCCUUCAGGGACAGACACUACCUGGCUCUGGGCAGUGAUUACUCUUUUACCCAGAUCUACCUUUGGGAUGUGGAGAGCAAAACCUUUCACAAGUUCAAGGACAUUUACGUGCAGUCACCUCGGUCGUUCGCGGUGGUGACUAAUGAAAGGAGAAAUUUCAUCUUCUCUCCAAGCUUCAAGGGCAAAUCGAUAGUUUUCGAGCAUAUUGCAGUAGAUCUAAGCUUGUAAUGCAAAACCAGAUACUCAAUAAUAGGAACUGGUCUCACAGACCAGUAUCACAUGUAUGCUAUAAACCAUCCUGAACCUCCUUCAUUCUCCUUUUGCACUUGGAUUCGCCCAGCCUUACUGUAUUGCCUAGCGAACUACUAGCAACUAAAGUACUUACUGUAUGAAUGUAUCAGUACAGGCAACUGCUGCAAUGUUGACAGCAUGUAAAGAAUGGCAUAUCGCGUAAUGACACUCACAGGCGCUGGCUACUGCUUCGGCGUCCAUCAAAUAAGUCUUCCUGGUCUCCUCACACAGAUUUCAAGGUGUCAAAUAGAGGACCAUUUCAAACACAAUCCAUGUGGUUCCUUAUGUUAAAUACAGAUCUGAUUAGAUUAAAAUCGAAUUCUUGUGUGUGAACUAGACUUAAAAUUGCUGCGAUUUGUAAAAAAAACUUGUCGUCCGGACUAAAUGUUAUUUGCUAACUGUGAUGUGGUCAAAUGUUUUGAGAAAACUGUGGCGCUAGGUAAACAUUAUAAGCUUAAGCCUUAAAAACUGUUACAAGCUUGAAUGACGGAGUAAAUAUAAUUUACUGUUUUUUCUAUGCAAAAUGUGCAAUACUAAGUGUUACUACAAUCGUGGAGCCAUAUGCUGCUUUAUAACUUUUUUCACGUCUUGUAAACAUGUAAUCUCACUACUUUAGCUUGGACUGAAAUACAGUUGAUAACAUCUGAAAGGAUUCUGAGAUUGAAGUGUAAUAUUGUGAUCAAAGCUAAAGACGCUGUUAACUGUAACAUGCUGCAGCAGCUGGAAGCUGUUAAAUUGAAAUAAACUUGAUACUGUGUAAAUAUGGCUGGAGUUUAUUUCUCUUGGGUUCAGUGAUGAAACCUUGUUUUUUUAUUAACGCCCUC